AUGGACAAUCUGCGGAAACACAACGUCGACAAUCUGGUCCCCCUCAACAGUGUUCCGAAGGGAGAGAAGGUCCUUGGAACGAAAUUCGUCUUCAACAAAAAGCUGGACGGACGCUUCAAAGCUCGCCUGGUAGUCGGUGGACAUCGUCAAGAGCCAGGACAGGACUACGGACGCAGCUACGCACCAGUAUGCCGUAUCGGGAGCAUUCGCAUGACGUGCGCCAUUGGCUGCCACAACAACUGGCCCAUCUACCAACUGGACGUUGUCGGUGCCUUCCUGAACGCCCUCUGCGACAGAGAUGUGUACGUCAGACCCGCCCCCGGUACAUCCGCCAAGAACUCCGCGACGGGAGAACCCAUGGUGUACAAACUAGAACGGAGCCUCUACGGCCUAUCGCAGUCGCCUGCGCUCUGGAACGACACCCUGGACGAAUCCCUCACGGUGUUCGGAUGGAAAAGGACUCAAUCCGACCCCUGCGUGUACGUGUAUACCAGCGGCAACAUCAUCGUGAUUCUCACGGUCUACGUAGACGACAUUCUCAUCAUAGGAGGAGACCAGCAGCUCGUGGACCAGAAGAAGAAGGAGCUCACGGAUCGAUUCGAGAUGACUGACAUGGGAGAGGUAAAGCGGAUCCUCGGGAUCGACGUGCAGCGAGACUACGAGCAAGGAACCCUGGCCAUUUCACAGGAGCACUACGUGAACACACUUCUGGAGCGGUUCGGAAUGCAAGAGGCCAACCCAGUGAGCACUCCUGGAUACGGAGCGGAAAUCUCCACGAAUCAACCUCAGGACCAAAUCCUAGGACCCACGGACAAGAAAAUUUACCAGUCGAUGACAGGAAGCAUCCUCUACCUGGCCCAGUGCACGCGAUUCGACCUCUCCUACGCUGCCCUACAACUUUCCAAGGCCUGCAGCAACCCAGCGCAGGUGAACAUGACAGCAGCCAAGCACGUUCUGCGAUACCUUCGGGGUAAUCCAGUUCUUCCUAUCGUCUACAAGAGAGGACAGUUUCGGCUAGCGGCGUUUACGGAUUCAUCCUUCGGAGCAAACCCCGACAACGGAAGAUCUACCACGGGAUAUCUCUUCUUUCUGGCUGGAGGACUCAUCAGCUACGGUGCGAAGACUCAAACUCUAACCGCGCAAAGCACGGUCGAAGCCGAGAUUCAAGCACUUAGCUACUCAGCCAGAGAGGCGGUCUACAUCUCAAAUUUUAUGACGGAACUCAACUUCAAGACCUUCGGAUCGGUUCCCAUCAACAGCGACAGCACCGGAGCGCUGACAGUGGCCGGGAAUGCCAUGCACUCUCAACGCACGAAGCACGUGGCCCUGAGGUACUUUUUCAUCCGGGAGCUAGUACUACGGGGACAAAUCACUCUUCACCACCGGCCCAGCGAGCACCAGUUGGCUGAUAUCGCGACCAAGUACCUCCCAAAGCACCGAUUCGCCUCCAUCAUUCAGCAGAUUAAGGACUUCUCGUGUUGAUCGAAGAUCUGUGAAGCUCCCUUCCAUACCAGAAGGAAUUUAUUUUCGAUACGGUGCCAACGGAGGGGUCGAGGUAGACAAGGAUAUGGUGAUGCCGUCGACCAUUGUGAAUUAGUUGCUUGAUCGAGGGGUCGUGUCAGGAAAAUCGUGCGUCGAGACCACCAGUAGUCGGACACGGUUUGACCUUUGAAUACGAUUGCAGCAACUAGUCUGCGUAGCAGUAGAAAAGUUUCCAUCUCUCCUUGGCAUGUAUUCUCUUGUUCUAGAAAUAUUCCGAAAGCAUGCUAGGUCAAGGUUGACCGGGACAUCUAUGUAGAACGUGUGUAGCUUCUGGAAGCCUUCUGGAAACUUCUGGUUCCUCCUGUAGCCUCUGGAAGUCUUUCUGGAAACUUCUGGUUCCUUCUGUAAGCUUCUGGAAGCGUUCUAGAUCUAGGUUGCAGUUGAUACUCUUCUAGAACGUAGGAGGGCUUCCAGAAAUCAUUCUGGACGCAUUCUGGAUCUUUCGUGUGAUUGGCUUAUUUGUCCGGUAUUCGAGAAGAGUGGUGCAGCCCUAAGCUCGCCCACUCCUCUCACUCCUCUUCAGUACCAGCAACAUCAAUCUGACUCGGGAGUCAGCAAUUAAUCUUCAUAUUUCCAUUCCAAGUCUCUCGCGGUUGGAGCCGCACAGAGUGUGAACCUCUGAGGUAGGCUUCACAGCCUCCUGGUAUCUGCAGCAUCGUGCUGCUGCUAGAUCACAGCGAAAUAUCGCUGACAACCAAGGGCACGAAGCUUGAACAAUGCAGUGGGUCCGCCAAAAUGUUGCGACAUGACGGAAUCAAAAAUCGCUUUUUUUUGCAGCAGGUUUGAAUGCAUGAAUGAAUGCUACACGGGCAAAAUAUUGAGAUAUUUACAACGUGAGACGAAAAAAUAUGCCACCAUGUUACACCAGAAGUCUGCCCAUCUGCCGCCUAUUUGUCCUGUUUGCUCUGUUACUCCCAUGCCCUGGUGCUUAGUGCCUGGUGCUGACUUACGGGAAAAAUGGGAACGUACCCAAAAAGGAGAAUGGGCGUUUGUUUUUAGAAAGCAAACCACGCCUUUGCAACUCCCCCCAAAAAAGUUGACAGUGCUGUAGGUCUUUACAGCAGCUUUCGAAUGAGCUGUUGCUCAAGCUGUAUGUCCUCGGCAUCGCCGAGGUAGCCAGCAUCGCGAGAAAUCAGGUCGAAACCAGCACGAAUCGCUUUUUGCGCCCGUGAG